AUGUACACGCGACUGUUUAUCGGGUUGUCAAGGUCACAGUGCUUCAGUCGUGCUAAUAAGGAUCGCUGUGCAGUAUCAGUGUUAUCUCUCGUGCCAAUAGACCCCUACGUGGGAGAUAAUUACCUGGAAGAGAUAUUGGACACCUGGAACGGAAGACGGUCAACAGCCCUCCAGCUCUCCUUCCGUAUUGUUUUGCCACUUAGGGAGCGCAGACGUGUUGAGAUGUUCCUUCUGUCGAGAAGUGUGCAUGAUUUGUACACACUAACCAAGGAGGAAUUAUGUUCAGUGGCUGAGAGGUUUCAAGUGGAGUUGAAAUCCAAGAAAAAGGAGGAAAUGCAGGCGGAGUUAAAAAAUGCUCUUGUGGAGAGGAGCUGGUUUGAAAAUGAUGGUGGUGAAAGUGAGGAUAAUGAUGAGGAGAGUGUAGGGGAAGUGGUAAAGGAAGCGGUGUUGGGAUCAACCCUUCUAUGUCCGGAUGUGUACCGGGAAAGGUUCCGCAGGACGACAAAACGCCCAGGUGAUACUUAUCUCGGGAUGGCUCGAGAGGUUAUCCUUAAACUGGACCGGUGGCUGAAGGCCGAGGAAGCCACUACGCUUGAAGAGGUAAAAGGAGUUAUACAGAUGGAACAAUUUAUGAGCCAAAUGCCCCUCAGUGUAAGAUCCGACCACAACAUGAGGUCUGCGCCCUAUGGGAGUAGGCCCAGGAGCACUACCUAUUACCAGAAGGGUAGUGGGGAUGAAGGUGCAGUUAAGUGCCUUGGAUGUGGAAGUAGCGGGCAUAGGAAGUUCCAGUGUCCGAAGGGACGGCCGAAGCCAGUGGGAGCAGUUGCCGCCCAAAGAGACCUGAUAAAGUAUGUGGAGAAUAUGAAUGCAGAGAUACAAGAGGAGCCGCCGAAAGAUGAGGGCUUUGAGCACUUCACCAGUAAGGGCACAGUGAAAGUGGAGGGAAGCCCAGAGAAGGUGAUCAGAAUCCUUCGGGAUACGGGAGCUAACCAGAGUCUGAUCUUAAGUAGUGUACUCCCAUGGAAUGAGGAGACCAGCACUGGCAGAGAGGUCUCAUGCAAGGGUGCAGGGGGCCAGUUCAGUAUUCCCCUGCACAAAGUUUGGCUGGACUGUGGAUACGUCACUGGAGAGGUGACGGUGGGAGUGAAGGAGGCACUGCCCGUAGAUGGAGUGGAUAUGCUGGUUGGGAACGACCUGGCUGGAGGUCGAGUUAUCCCUAAACUUCAGAUGGUAGACAACCCUCUGAUAGGGAUGACGGAAACCACCACUCCAGCAGCAGUCCCUCACUCAACAGAUGGGGAGGCAGAGGUGCCUGAAUUGUUCCCAGUCUGCGCAGUGACCCGAGCGAUGGCCCGGAAGGAACGCAUGGACACCGAGGGAGCAACGCAGGAGGACGAAGGCCUGGGCGUUCUGUUUGAGGAACCUGAUGAAAAAGGAACUAACCCGGAGUGCGCGAGUGGUGGACCGGUUGUAGGUCAGGUGGGGCCCAACCUUGAUUUUCUGGUAGAAAAGAACGAGUUGAUAAAAGCUCAGGAGAGUGAUGAAAGCUUGAAGUCUGCUUGGAAUGAGGCUAACAGGCUGGGUGAGCUUGACAAUGAGUACGUGGGCUACUACGUGAGUAACGGGGUAUUAAUGAGAAGUUGGAGGCCCCUGACAGCCCCAACCUCCGAUCACUGGAUGGUGAAAAGGCAGAUUGUGGUGCCAUGGGUGUAUAGGAAGAAAAUUUUGGAGAUGGCACACGAAGGUAAUCUGGCAGGACACCUGGGGGUCAGAAAAACCCUAGGAAAGAUCCUGUGUCAUUUUUACUGGCCUAGAGUGAGGGGUGAUGUGAAAGAGUUUUGUAAAACUUGUGGUUUGUGUCAGAAGGUGGGCAAGCCGAACCAGGUGAUUCGCCCUGCCCCCCUUCACCCUAUACCUGUGGUCGAGGAACCAUUCAGUAAGGUGGUGAUAGACUGUGUAGGUCCUUUACCAAGGACCCGGAGGGGGAACCAGUACUUGCUGACUAUUAUGUGUAUGUCAUCCAGGUUUCCUGAGGCCAUUCCCCUCAGGAGUAUAAACUCUAAAAACAUUGUGAGGGAACUGGUGAAAUUUUUCUCCUGGGUGGGAAUCCCUAAGGUGUUGCAGUCAGACCAGGGAAGUAAUUUCACUUCUCGUGCGUUCAAGGAAAUCCUAAGGGGUCUAAAGAUUGAACAGAGACUGUCGAGUGCUUAUCACCCUCAGUCUCAGGGUUGUGUAGAAAGAUUUCACCAAACUCUCAAAAACACUCUCAGGAUGUAUUGUGAGGAGAUGAGUGUUCAGUGGGAUGAGGCAUUGCCACUAGCCUUAUUCGCGUUAAGGGACAGUGUGCAGGAGUCAACUGGUUUCAGCCCAUUUGAGUUAGUGUAUGGCCAUGAGGUGAACGGUCCUUUAAGGAUGGUGAAAGAAAAAUGGUUAGGAGUAGAGGAGCCUCAUACUGUGGUGAAAUAUGUAUCUGAUUUCAAGGACAGAUUGAUGAGAGCUAGGGAAAUUGCUCGGGAAAAUCUGAAAAAUAGUCAGAGUGAAAUGAAAGGCUGGUAUGACAAGAAGGCGAGGGCCAGAUCUUUCCAGCCUGGGGACAAGGUCUUGGUUCUUUUCCCAUUGCAGGGUGAUCCUUUCAAAGCCAGGUUCAGCGGGCCUUGGGAGAUUGAGAGAAAAAUGAGUGAUGUAAAUUACAUUGUAAAAACUCCAGGGAGGAAGAAAAAGAACCAGUUGUGUCAUGUAAACAUGCUGAAGCCAUUUCACGAAAGGGACAGAGAAAAUGGAGAUGAUGUAGCAGGAGGAGUAAGAGCUGUGAGUGUUGUAAAUGUAACCACUGAGGCGGAGGAGAAGUGGUCUGAAGUGAAAUUGAGCAGGUGUGAAGGGAUGGUGCUAGAGAACUCAGCUGUGUUAGGGAAUUUAAAUGAUAAACUGUGGCACAUGGAGCUGGAGAAGAGGGAGAGGAUUAGGGAGAUAAUUGAAAGGUUCAGUUCUUUGUUCCCUGAUGCACCUAGAAAAACUAAUGUGGUGGUGCACGAUGUGGAUGUUGGGGAGGCUGAACCCAUCAAACAGCAUCCCUACAGAGUUAACCCGCAGAAAAGAGAGAUCAUGAGAAAAGAAGUAGAGUAUAUGCUGGAACACGACUUGAUUGAGCCCAGUGAGAGCCCAUGGAGCUCGCCAUGUGUACUGGUGCCCAAGCCUGGUCAAUAG